AGAGCAUUGACGCUUUCUGCAAAUUAAAGUUCUCUUCCGCAAAUUAUCUUUAAUUCCUUCUUGUCUUGAAUCGGUAAUGCGGAGUUGAUAUAGUGAGAAUAUGGAUUGUGGUCAUGGAAAAAAUGGUCUUUGUUCGGAGUCCAUUAAUGGCGGUCGAGAUGUUUGGAGUUCUAAGGAUUCUGCUGCUUCUUCGGCUGAUCAUCUUGUCGUCAUGGUCAACGGAAUCCUCGGAAGUGCCACAGACUGGAAGUUUGCAGCUGAGCAGUUUGUUAGAACCCUUCCUGACAAAGUGAUUGUCCAUUGUAGUGAACGCAAUGUGUCUAGAUUGACGUUAGAUGGUGUGGAUGUUAUGGGUGAGAGAUUAGCUGAGGAGGUUGUUGAAGUAAUUAAGCGGAAGCCAGAUGUACAGAGAAUUUCUUUCAUUGCGCAUUCUUUGGGAGGACUAGUGGCCAGAUAUGCAAUUGGGAGACUGUAUAGACCUCCUAAAACAGAACCUGUGGAGGACGCACAUGAUGAAGAUUCAAGAGGCACAAUAUAUGGUUUAGAGGCAAUGAAUUUCAUCACGGUUGCUACGCCUCAUCUUGGUUCUAGGGGCAACAAACAGGUUCCAUUUCUUUUUGGUGUAAGUGUAUUUGAGAAAGCUGCAUGUCGUGUUGUUCAUUGGAUAUUUAGGAGAACAGGCCGAGAUCUUUUUCUUACAGACUCCGAGGGAGGGAAACCUCCAUUGCUUCGACGCAUGGCAGAUGAUUGCGGUGACCUCUAUUUCAUCUCUGCACUUCGUGCAUUCAAACGGCGGGUGUUAUAUUCUAAUGUUGGUUAUGAUCAUAUGGUAGGCUGGAGAACAUCAUCAAUUAGACGUACUAAUGAACUGCCAAAGUGGGAGGAUUCUCUUAGUGAGAAGUAUCCACAUAUUGUGUAUGAGGAGUACUCGAAAGAAAAAGACAGUGAGCAGCAUCUUGCGGUGGAAGGUGAAGGUUCUGAUACACUUACAGAAGAGAUGGUUAGAGGUCUCUCUCGUGUGUCAUGGGAGAAGGUAGAUGUUAGCUUUCACAGCAGCAGGCAGAGAUUUUCUGCACAUAGUGUCAUUCAGGUCAAAGAUCACUUCAUGCACUUAGAAGGUGCAGAUGUUAUACGGCAUAUAAUUGAUCAUUUGCUUACUUAGAAGUCCAGAAACUGUAGAGUAUUUGACUCCUCAUGGUGUAAAUAAUACUAGAUCAUGACAAUGAUUGUCAGGUCUAGUUAGCUUCGAUCUCUCUCCUACCCAUGGUCCCAGUUUGAAGAGCAUUCUGCUAUACCAGAAAUUUCUUUAGUCCCAGGUUGAAGGCCAUCUAAUCUUAAUGUAAGAUUAGGCUUAUCAUAUGGAAUUCUAUGGGAAAUAAGAAUAGGAAAGAAAAUUUUCCUAAUUCAUUAUUUGUUAUUAUGUACAUGAACAUGAAGUUACCAAUAAAAAAGGUGGACACGUUUUAUUUUGAGAU